AUGCCAGACGCAGCUCGGGGCCGGGGCCUUUGCCCUCCCGCCGGGGAGCUGAUGGGGACGCUGGUCUGGCUCUCGCUCUGGGUGCCGGCGGCGCUGGCUGAGGGGCGCUGGUGCGAGAGGACGGAACGGGUGACGGAGGAGGAGGUGGUGAGCCCCCGGCGUGAGCAGGCGGUUCCUUGCGCGGAGAUGUACCACUACAACCUGGUGGGCUGGCGCAUCGACCAGCACAGGAUGCGCCAGGCCUAUGGUGGGGACUAUGCCCAGGCCGGGCCCACCGCCUCCCUGUGCUACAUCUACAAGCCCCCGGACACGAGGCCCGUGGUGUGGAACCGCACGGUGCGAGCCUGCUGCGAGGGCUGGAGCGGGCCCCACUGCACCCAGGGCGAGGGCUUCCCGGGGCUCUGCUUCUCCACGUGGCAGUGCCAGGCCGGCCUGGGCACCUGGAACCUGUCCCUGCUGAGCAUGGCCGAGUGCUGCGGGCGCCCCUGGGGCCGCAGCUGGAAGAACACCUCCUCCGAUCUCUGCCUCAGCUGCUCCGCCCUGCCCCUGCCAGGGGACCUGCCGGCCCCCUUCCUCCUCCGGCCCUUGCCCCCCAUGGCUCUGCUGGGCCUGCCCAGGCCUCGCCACCGCCUCUUCGCCACCUGCGUCACCUGGGCUGGCUUCCACUACCGCAGCUUUGAUGGGAAACAUUUCCAUUUCCACGGGGACUGCACCUACAGCCUAGCCACUGCCUCUGACGGCACUUGGGCUGUGGAUAUCUCCNCUCGAGGGGACCUGCCGGCCCCCUUCCUCCUCCGGCCCUUGCCCCCCAUGGCUCUGCUGGGCCUGCCCAGGCCUCGCCACCGCCUCUUCGCCACCUGCGUCACCUGGGCUGGCUUCCACUACCGCAGCUUUGAUGGGAAACAUUUCCAUUUCCACGGGGACUGCACCUACAGCCUAGCCACUGCCUCUGACGGCACUUGGGCUGUGGAUAUCUCCGGCAGCGGGACCUGCACACCACUGCACUGCCACCGGGCGCUGCGCAUGCUGUUUGGGCUGGACCUGGUCGUGGCGCAGGGCCGAAACGUCUCUGUGAACGGGGCUGUGGUGCUGGAGGGGGAGCCGCUCCUGCAGGACGGGAUCAGCGUCCGGUGGCUUGGUGACUUUGUCUUCGUGGAGAGCGGCCUGGGCGUGCGGGUCAAGUCUGACGGGCGCGACACAGUGUAUGUGACGGUCAGCGGGGAGCUGCGGGGCACUACACGUGGGCUCUGCGGGCUGUACAACGACGACCCUGCCGAUGACUUCCUGAGGGCAGGAGGGGAUGUGGCCACCUUCGCCGCCAGCUUUGGGAAUUCCUGGAGGGUCCCGGAUGCCAGCCCAGAGCUCCCGUGCCAGGACGCGGCAGAGGCGGGACACAGCUGCGACGUCGCGGAGGCCAGCGCCGUGAGGCAGGAGGCGGAGGCCGUGUGCCCGAAGCUGCUGGCCAGCCCCUUCAGCCAAUGCCACUCUGAGGUGGACCCGGGCGGAUUCUACGACGCCUGCAUGUACGCGUCCUGCCAGCAUGGGGGCGCGGGGGCCGGGCGGCGGGAGGCCGUCUGUGCCACCUUUGCCAGCUAUGCCCGUGACUGCGCCCAGCAGCACGUCUACGUCGACUGGCGGAGGCCCGGGUUCUGUGAGAAGCAGUGCAGCCAAGGGAAGCAGUACUCGGACUGCGUGUCCUCGUGCCCGGCCAGUUGUGCCGCCGUGGGCACCGGCGAGGAGGGGCACUGCCGGGACGAGUGCGUGAGUGGCUGCGAGUGCCCGCCGGGCCUCUACCUGGAGGGGGGGGCCUGCGUCCCUGAGGGAGACUGCCCCUGCUACCACCGUCGCCAGAAGUACGCCCCGGGGCAGAGCAUCCGGCAGCGGUGCAACCAGUGCACGUGCCAGGGUGGGCGCUGGCACUGCUCGCAGGACAAGUGCUCGGCCGAGUGUGCUGUGAUCGGGGACCCGCACUACGUGACCUUCGACCAGAAGCGCUACUCCUUCCACGGCGUCUGCGAGUACAUCCUGGUGCAGGACUUUGUGGACUGGAAGCUGCUGAUCACGGCGGAGAAGGUGGCGUGUGGGAGCCAAGGGGCCGUGAGCUGCCUCCGGGCCCUCACGGUGACUGCGCACAGGACCUCCGCCCGGCUCCGCACCACAGGGGAUGUGGCCGUGAACGGGCAGGAGGUGGCCCUGCCCUUUGCCAGUGCUGACCUGAGCAUCCGACGGGCCUCGUCCUCCUUCCUGCUGCUCCAGGCCUUCGGGGCCCAUGUGCUGUGGGGGCUGGAGCUCCCCGCCGCCUACAUCACCCUGCAGCCCGGCUUUGCCGGCAAGGUGCGAGGCCUGUGUGGCACCUACAACUGGAACCAGCAGGACGAGUUCACCACCCCUGCCGGGGACGUGGAGCCCAGCGUCGCCGCCUUCGCAAACAAGUUCCGGGCGUCGAGCGAGUGCCCCACGCUCAGCUCCUUCGCCUUCGACCCCUGCGGCACCUACGCCCAGCACAGGGAGUUCGCCGAGGUCGCCUGCGCCGUCCUGCACGGCUCGGCCUUCCAGCCCUGCCACGACGUGGUGGAGCGGGAGCCCUACUACCAGCUCUGCCUCUACGACGUGUGCGGCUGCGCGGCCGGCGGGGACUGUCUGUGCAGCGCCCUGGCCGCCUACGCCAGGCAGUGCGCCCAGGAGGGGACGCCGGUGCCGUGGAGGAACCAGACCUUCUGCGCGGUGCCGUGCAGCGGGGGGCAGGUCUACCAGGAGUGCAGCGCCCCCUGCAGGAAGAGCUGUGCCGAGCUGCGCCUGGGGGAGGCCAGCUCCUGCCAGGCCCUGGCGCUGUGCGUGGCCGGCUGUACCUGCCCCGAGGGACUGGUGCUGGACGACAGCGGGCAGUGCAUCCCGCCGGGCAUGUGCCCCUGCGAGCACGGGGGGGAGACCUACCCGCCCGGCAGCACAAUCCACCGGAGCUGCAAUGCCUGCGUCUGCGUGAACGGGCUCUGGAACUGCACUGACAACAGCUGCCCCGAAGCCGCCUUCUGCCCCGGGGAGCUGGUCUACGCCUACGGGUCCUGCCUGCGCACCUGCGCCACUGCCGAGGGCAACCUGAGCUGCCCGGGGCUCUCUGCCGGCUGCGUCUGCCCGCCAGGCACCGUCCUCCUCAACGAGCGCUGCGUCUCCCCGGAUGAGUGUCCCUGCCACCAUAACGGCAGGCUGUACCAGCCCAACGACACCAUCGCCAAGGACUGCAACACCUGCGUGUGCCGGAGCCGUCGCUGGCAGUGCAGCAGCCACCACUGCGCGGGCACCUGCGUGGCCACGGGAGACCCGCACUACGUCACCUUCGACGGGCGGCCCUUCUCCUUCCUGGGGGACUGCGAGUACGUCCUGGCACGCGAGGGCAGCGGCCUCUUCACCGUCACCUCCGAGAACGUGCCUUGCGGCACCAGCGGCGUCACCUGCACCAAGUCGGUGGUGGUGGUGAUCGGGAACACCGUCGUGCACCUGCUAAGAGGAAAGGACGUGACAGUGAACGGAGUCUCAGUGCGGCCCCCAAAGACCUACAGCGGGAAUGGCCUGACCCUGGAGCGAGCUGGCGUCUUUCUCAUCCUCAUCUCCCAGCUGGGGCUCAGCGUGCUCUGGGACGGAGGCACUCGGGUGUACGUGAAACUGGAGCCCCGGUACCAGGGCCGCGUGGCGGGGCUGUGCGGGAAUUUUGACGGGGACACAGAGAACGACUUCACCAGCCGGCAGGGCGUCGUGGAGCCCACCUCUGACCUGUUCGGCAACUCCUGGCGCGUCAGCCUCCUGUGCCCCGAGGUCAACAACGAGGACUUCGAGCACCCCUGCACCGCGAACGCUCACCGUGGGACCUGGGCCCGGAAGCGCUGCAGCAUCAUCAUGCAGCACCUCUUUGCCCCGUGCCACGAGGAGGUGCCCUGCCAGCAGUUCUACGACUGGUGUGUCUUCGAUGCCUGCGGGUGCGACUCCGGAGGGGACUGCGAGUGUCUGUGCACAGCCAUCGCUGCCUACGCCGAGGAGUGUAACCAGCGCGGGGUGUACGUCCGCUGGAGGAGCCAGGAGCUGUGUCCCAUGCAGUGCGACAACGGGCUGGAGUACGAAGCCUGCGGCCCCGCCUGCCCCCAGACCUGCACGAACUUCGGCCUGGAGCCCCCCGAGCACUGUGAUGCCAUCUCCUGCGUGGAGGGCUGCUUCUGCCCCGACGGGCGGGUCCUGCAUGAUGGCAGCUGCAUCGAUCCCGCCGAGUGCCCCUGUUUCUGGGAGGGCAUCUCGUUCCCGGCAGGCGCUGUGGUGAAGCAGGAGUGCAAGAACUGCACGUGUGAGGCGGGGCUGUGGCAGUGUGAUGCGCCCACAGAGCCCUGCCUGGUCCUGCCCCGCUGCCCCGAGGCGGAGUUCGCCUGCCGCACGGGCGGGCGCUGCGUGCCCAGCGCCUGGGUCUGCGACAACGAGGACGACUGUGGGGACGGCUCGGACGAGUUCUGUGUGCCCAGCUGUGCCCCGCAGCAGUACCAGUGCGCCAGUGGGCAGUGCGUGGCCUGGGGGUACCGCUGCGACGGCGCCGCCGACUGCCUGGACCAUUCGGACGAGCGCGACUGCCCGGCGCCCGGCUGCGCCCAGCAGGAGUUCCGCUGCGCCAACGGGCGCUGCAUCCCCCGGGCACAUGUCUGCGACGGGGAGCUGGACUGUGGCUUCGCCGACGAGUCCGAUGAGGCUGGCUGCAGCCCCCCGUGUGGGGCUGGGGAGUUCGGCUGCGCGGCGGGACGGUGCCUGCCCUAUCUGCAUCGCUGCGAUGGGCACGACGACUGCGGGGACUUCAGCGAUGAGCGGGAGUGCGUGUGCCCCCCCGGCGACUUCCAGUGCCCGGACGCGCUGUGCCUGCCGCCGGCCCUGGUGUGUGAUGGGAAGAGGGACUGCCCGGCUGGCACCGAUGAGUCCUUCUGCCCAGGCCGGGUGACCUGUGCCCCGGGGCAGCUGCCGUGCCCGGACGGCUCCUGUGUCAGCCGGACGCGGGUGUGCGACGGAGCCUGGGACUGCGGGGACGGCUCUGACGAGAGCCCAGCUCGGUGCCUGACGGCGCGGCCCAGCCCUCUGCCCACGGCGCUGCCCGUGACACUCCUGCCGCUGGCCAACCGCACCGCCGCGCCCCCGUGCGGCCGCUAUGAGUUCCAUUGUGGCAGCGGGGAGUGCCGGCCGCGCGGCUGGGUGUGCGACGACGAGGCCGACUGCCUGGACGGCAGCGACGAGCUGGUGUGCAACCGGACCUGCGGCCUGGACCAGCACACAUGCGCCGUCAGCGCCGAGUGCAUCCCCUACGGGCAGCUGUGCGAUGGCAUCCCCCAGUGCCGGGACCAGUCCGACGAGAGCACUGACAACUGCGGAUCCACCGAGAUCCCACCCUGCCCGGGGCUCUUCGUCUGCAACAACCGCAUGUGUGUGAACGUCUCCCGGGUGUGCGACGGCUUGCCCGACUGCCCCCAGGGCGAGGACGAGCUAGCCUGUGAGCACCACGUCCUGCCGGGUGAGAGGAACCAGACGGUGGGGCCCUGCACCGAGUACUCGUGUGCUGAGGGCAAAUGCAUCCCCUUUAAGCAGGUGUGUAAUGGGCUGGCGGAUUGCGCGGAUGGCAGCGAGGCCUCGGGCUGGCUGCCCUCGGACGAGCGGGACUGCGGGCUCUGGAGCCCCUGGGCCCCCUGGAGCACCUGCAGCCGGUCUUGUGGGACGGGCCUGCAGAUCCGCAGGCGGGUCUGCACCAGACGGGCCAAUGACGUCCUGCGCCACUGCCACGGCGAGGAGACGCAGGCCCAGCAGUGCUUCGCCCUGGCCUGCCCAGUGGACGGUGCCUGGAGCGAGUGGGCGACGUGGGCGAACUGCACCCAGGACUGCCGCGGGGUGGUGGUGCGGCGCCGGGAGUGCAUCGCGCCCCGGAACGGGGGCCGGCACUGCUCCGAGCUGCCCGGAGCCUCGCCUAGCACGCUGGAGAUCAAGCCCUGCCAGCUGGAAGGCUGCCUCAACGCCACCGCCUGCCCCGCAGGCCUGGUGCGCAGGCUGUGUGCCCCGUGCCCCAUGUCCUGUGCCAAUCUGGCCAGCAAGGGCAAGUGCAAGAGGGACAGGCCCUGCAGCCCAGGCUGCUGGUGCCCGGAGGGGCUGGUGCUGGACAGCGAGCAGCGGUGCGUGCGCCCCCGGGAGUGCCCGUGCCUGGUGGAAGGCGUGCGCCACUGGCCCGGCCAGCUGGUGAAGGUGAACUGCCGCAUCUGCGCCUGCCAGGACGGGCAGAUGAAGCGGUGCCGGCAGAACCCCGAGUGCACUGUUAACUGCGGCUGGUCGGCCUGGUCUCCCUGGGGCGAGUGCCUGGGCCCGUGCGCUGUGCAGAGCAUCCAGUGGUCCUUCCGCAGCCCCAACAACCCCAGCAAGCACGGCAACGGGCGCCAGUGCCGGGGCAUCUACCGCAAGGCGCGCAGGUGCCAGACAGAUCCGUGCGAGGAGUGCGAGCACCACGGCCGGUCGCACCCCAUUGGCGACCGCUGGCGAUCGGGACAGUGUCAGGUGUGCCAAUGCCUGCCCAACCUGACGGUGCAGUGCUCCCAGUACUGCCCCUACAGCACCGUGGGGUGCCCAGAGGGGCGGGCGCUGGUGGAGGGCAGGGGUGAGGCCUGCUGCUACUGCGCUGAAGCGGGUGAGAACAGGACCAGCGCGCCUGCUGUCCAGACGGCCGGGCCCCCGGGCACCACCCUGGCCAGCCCGGCUGCCUCCACCAGCCCUCCUCUCGUCACCUUCCCGCUGCCCCCUCUCGGAGACCGGUGCUACGGCCCCCUGGGCUUGGCCUCCUUACCGGACAGCUGCUUCACAGCCUCCUCGCAGCAGCCGGAGAACCCUGCCCACGCCGGGCGCCUCAACCACGUGCUCCCGGGCUCGGACCUGCAGGGCUGGGGGCCCCAGGCAGAGCUGUACCACGAGCUGCUCUCCAAGCCGCCCUACCUGCAGGUGGAUCUGCUGGAGCCCAGGAACCUUACAGGGGUGGUGGUGCAGGGGGCAGGCUCCUCGGAUGCCUACGUUACCAGCUUCUUCCUGCAGUUCAGCACGGACGGGCUGAGGUGGCACGAGUACCGGGAGCUGUUCCUGGGGAACGCCGAUGACUCCACGCCGGUGGUGAGGACUUUCCAGCGCAUGGUCCGUGCCCGACACGUCCGCAUCCUCCCCCACGACUUCCACCACGGGAUCUUCCUGCGGGCGGAGCUGCUGGGCUGUGAGAGAGUGCCCCCUGGGGCACCGACUGCAUCACCGGGCCCGAGGCCCUGCCGGACCGGGGAGUUCCAGUGCCGCAACGGACGCUGCGUCCCCGCCGGGCCCCGCGGCGCCGUGUGCAACGGACUCGACGAUUGCGGAGACUUCUCGGACGAGCUGCGCUGCGGGACAGCCCCGUCCGUGGGGCCCUCUGCCCCCUGGCGCUGCCCCCUCUCCCACUUCCACUGCGCGCUGUCUGACGGCUGCAUCGACGCCUCCCGGCGGUGUGAUGGCAUCGCCGACUGUCCGGACGGCACCGACGAGGCUGGCUGCGGCGUGCUCCCUGUGGGCACAGCCAGCAGCUGGGCCCCCGGGCAGCCCUCGCCACCCACCGAGGAGGUGUCCCGGGGCACAGAGGGCUGGCUAUUCCCUGGAGACGUCCUCCCCACCCCCACAGGUUCCUGCAGCGAGCCGCUGGGCCUGGACGACGGCAGGGUCCGCUACCAACAGCUGAGCGCCUCCUCCCACCGGGACAGCAACCCCCCCGACGCCGGGCGCCUCAACAUGGUGCCCAACAUGCCGCUGGGCCAUGUGUGUGGCACGGGUGCCCUGAUGCAGCCCACGAGCUCUGCAGUGUGCCCUCAUCUCCAGUUCCCAGCGUGCCAUGCUCACUGGGUACUGCAGGGCAACUUCGACAGCCACACGCCGGUGCAGCGGGAGCUUCGCCCCCUGAUCCUGGCUCGCUACCUGCGGCUGCUGCCUGUGGAGUAUCACCGGAGCAUCCACCUGCGCAUGGAGGCGCUGGGCUGCCCCUGGAGUGCUGCUCCUCUGGGGACCAGCCCCACCUCCGAGCAGCCUCCGCUCCCCACGGCGACUCCGGUCCCAGGAUCCCGGAUCCCCAGCACAGUCAAUGAGAGCAGUGAGGCCAAACCCACGGGCCAGCCAGAGGGCACCACGGCAGCAGGGAAGGAGCCGGGCGCCCCGACGCUGGGGCCGACAGGGCCUGCUGGGGACACGCGCAGCCCUGGAGCAGCUGGCCCUGAGGUGCCCCACCUGAGCACAGCUCGGCCUUGGUGGGGCCCUGGGACGCCCGGCCUCGCGGAGGAAUCCAGGCGCUCCGGUGCUCCUGGCGUGGCAAGCCCAGAGCCUGGGCGCCCGGGGGAGACACCCACCUCCUGGUCCCCAGGGACUCCUGGGCUCUUCUGGGCAGGGACAACGUCUCCGGGGACCCCACGCCUGCUGGGCCCCACGCUGCCGGGCAUGGCGGCUGUGACUGUGUCGGCUGCAGGUCCUGGCCCUGGCCCCACGGGGCUGCCUGGGCUGCACACCGGCCCCUCCCAGCCCGGCAGGCCCGGGCUGGCCACCACUCUGGCUGGGCUGCCCUUCCCCCGACUCCUCUGCACUCAGGGCCAGUUUGCCUGCGAGGUGUUGGGCUGCGUGGAGGCCGCCUUCGUGUGCGACGGGCAGGAGGACUGCCUGGACGGGUCAGACGAGUGGCACUGCGGAGGCCCCACCGCCUCGGCCGUCCCCACCGCCACCCUGGUCUCCCCGACCGGGCGGCCCAGCGCCUGCUCCGCCAAGCAGUUCUCCUGCGGCAGCGGGGAGUGCCUGGCCCCGGAGAAGCGCUGCGACCUGCACCCGGACUGCCAGGACGGCUCCGACGAGAGCAGCUGUGUGGACUGCAUCCUGUCUCCCUGGAGUGGCUGGAGCGAGUGCAGCCGGUCGUGCGGGCUGGGCGUGACCUUCCGCCGGCGGGACCUGCUCCGGAACGCCCUGCCCGGGGGCCAGUGCGAACGCAACGAAUUCGACAGCCGCUCCUGCUUCCUCCGGGCCUGCCCAGUGAACGGCGCCUGGGCCCCCUGGGGCGAGUGGUCGGACUGCGAUGCCGAGUGCCGCGGCGGAGUGCGGAGCCGCACACGGAGCUGCGCCGACCCCCCGCCCAAGAACGGGGGCCAGCCCUGCCCCGGCGACGCCGUGCAGACAGAGCCCUGCAACCUGCAGCCCUGCGGGGACGCCCGCGACUGCGGCCCCGAGAUGGUGCACGUGCAGGCUGAGGACUGCGAGAGGGGCCUGGUGGCACCGUGCCCCCAGUCGUGCCGGGAGCUGAACGCUGAGAGGAGCUGCCAGAGCCAUUGUGUGGAGGGCUGCCGGUGCCCCCCGGGGCUCUACCUGCAGGAGGGCGGCUGCGUGAACGUCAGCCAGUGCCACUGUGACUUCAGCCAGGAGCGGCGCCUGCCCGGGGAGAUGUUCCUGCAUGACAACUGCAGCCAGUGCGUGUGCCUGGACGGGGUGGUGACGUGUGAUGACCUGGCCUGCCCCGUUAACUGCGGCUGGUCGGCCUGGUCCCCGUGGACACCCUGCGACCGCAGCUGCGGAGUCGGCAUGCGGGAGAGAUUCAGAUCCCCCACCAACCCGGCACCUGCCAACGGCGGAGCCCCGUGCGAGGGGGAUGCGCAGCAAGUCCGCGAGUGCCACACGGCCUGUGUCUCCGAGCCCGCCGGCCCCUGGAGCGACUGGACGCCCUGGUCCCCCUGCUCCAAGACCUGCUUCUACGACGUGGACCGUGUCGGGGUGAGGAAGCGGUUCCGUCACUGCAACGACACCGGGGAGGGCGCUGGGCGAUGCCAGGGGGCGCCCGUGGAGGAGGAGCAGUGUGACACGCCACCCUGCCCCGUGGGAGGCGUCUGGACCCCCUGGACGGCCUGGUCCCGAUGCUCCGCUACCUGCGACUCCGGCGUCCAGACCCGCAGCCGCACCUGCUCCAACCCGGCCUACGGGGGCCCCGAGUGCACGGGGCCCCUCGUCCAGACCCGGGACUGCAACAGCCAGCCCUGCCGAGCACUGUGCCCCGCGCCCAUGAUCUACCAGACGGCCGAGGAGUGCCGGCGAGGAGGGGGCGCCUGCCCGCGGCUCUGCCUGGACCAGGGUGCCGGCGUGGAGUGCGCCACCCGCUGCUACCCGGGCUGCUACUGCCCCGACGGCCUCUUCCUGCAGAACGACAGCUGCGUGCCGCGGAGCCAGUGCCUGUGCUAUCACCAGGGGGCGCUCUACCAGCCGGGCGACACCGUCCCCCACGACCCCUGCAACAACUGCACCUGCGUGGCCGGGGAGAUGGUGUGCAGCAUGGAGCCCUGCCCAGUGCACUGUGGCUGGGGUGGCUGGACUGAGUGGAGCUCCUGCAGCCGCAGCUGCAACGUGGGCACCCGGCGGCGCUACCGCUCUGGCUCCGACCCGCCCGCCGCUUUCGGGGGGCGCGACUGCCAGGGCCCCGGCGUGGAGGUCGAGUUCUGCAGCCUGCAGCCCUGCAGGGCAGGCUCCGGGGCCGAAUGGGGUCCCUGGUCGGAGUGCUCGGUGCCCUGCGGGGGCGGCUACCAGAACCGCACACGGGGCAGCACCGUCCUGCACCGGAUCGAGUUCACCACCUGUAACCUCCAGCCCUGCGCCGGCGAGGUGCCCGGCGUCUGCCCGGAGGGGAAGCUGUGGCAGGAAUGUGCUGAUGCACCGGCCUCCUGUGCGGAGCUGGGCACGGAGCCCCCUGCUGACAGGCCCUGCCACGCUGGCUGUUACUGCCCCCCCGGCACCGUCCUGCUGAAUAACCGGUGCGUGGCGGAGUCGGAGUGCCCCUGUGCCGAGGGCGGAGUGCUCUACGCCCCGGGAGAUGUGGUGCCCAAGGGCUGUGAGAACUGCUCCUGUGAGGCCGGCCGGAUCUCCAACUGCUCCCGGGUGGCCUGUGGGGACGUGAGCGGCGGCUGGUCGGACUGGACACCCUGGAGCGAGUGUUCAGCCUCCUGCGGGCUGGGGCUCCAGACCCGGUACCGGUUCUGCACGGCCCCCCCUCCGUCGGGGACCGGACUGCCCUGCCUGGGGCCGGAGCGCGAGGAGCAGCCCUGCCACGUCCAGCCCUGCUCCACUCUGGACUGUGCGGCCGUGCAGGGCUCCAUGUACAGCCGCUGCGGCCCCUCCUGCCCCCGUUCCUGCGACGACAUCUCGCACUGCCUGUGGAGCUGCGAACCCGGCUGCUACUGCACCAGCGGCAGGGUGCUGAACGCCAACGGCUCGGCCUGCGUGGAGAGGCAGGACUGCACCUGCCUGGACCUGCUCACCCAGGAGAGGUACCUGCCGGGGGAGACCGUGGCCCACCAGGACGGCUGCAACAACUGCACCUGCACCAAGGGAGCGUUGCUGUGCACCAGUCUGCCCUGCCCUGUGGCCGGAGGCUGGUGUGACUGGUCCCCAUGGACCCCCUGCUCCCGGACCUGCGGCAGCGAGGUGGUGACGCGGUACCGUGCCUGCGCCUGCCCCACGCCUCAGCACGGGGGGGCCGAGUGUCCUGGGGCGCAGGAACGUCACGGGGACACCGGCACCCAGCUCCAGCACAAGGAGUGCCCCUCGGCUGCCUUCUGCCCUG